AUGAGUGAGACACGAGGCGUGCCAGGUGCUCCAAGUGCUCCAAGCGCCCCGCUCGUUGCUGCUCAGGAUGGGGGCCAGGUUGCGGGCCACAUGGGCUGGAAGGAGGCCGGCAUCACCGUCUUUACAUUCGCAGCACCCUCCGCUGUGAUGGCUGUCCCUUUCGCAAUUGCCAAUGCCGGCUAUGUGGGGGGCAUCGCUUUGUGCUUGAUCCUCACCUGGGCCUCGGUUGCUGGAGCCAACAUGCUCCUGGAGAUGAAGAUCCAGUACCCGCACUGCGAAACUUUCGGAGAUCUCGGCUUCGAGGUGGGUGGCCGACAGGCGCAGGUGUGGGGCAACGUAUUGCAGCUCGGUAAUUUCUGCCUUUACAUGCCAUGUGCUCUUACCUUCUGUGCGAUUUCCUUGUAUUCAAUGGUUGAAAUUGGCGGGCUGGGCGACUGUAUGGACUACUACGUGUGGCUGGUUGCAGCGGUCUGCUUACUCACGACGCAAGUUAGGACCUUUACCAACGCGAAGACUUUCACAGAGAUCUCCUUCCUUUGCGUCAUCGGCAUGGUGAUUUGCAUGGUGCUUGCGGCCUUCCAGUACGAGCAUGUUCCCAGAAUCCCUGCUCAGUGGAUUGGGAACCCAGAGCCUAAGUUGGGCUUGAGGCUUGUGAGGCUUGCCAGUGGCUUCACCAUCGGUGCUUGGGCAUUCAUUCCCGCGUUCCUCACUGUGGAACUAAGCACUUGUAUGCGGAAGCCUGCCGACUUCAAGAAGUCGCUGUGGAUGGCCGGAAUCCUCAACGUGGCGCUCUUCGUGGUCGUUGGCACCCUUGUUGUGGCUCGUUGGGGGUACAACGUGGGGGAGGUCAUCGCCGCCACGACGGGUGUGGGUGUUUUUGCCCGUGGGAACUUGAUCAACACCUUCUUCAACAUCUUCCAAAUGAUGGGGAACUUUGUGUGUUACAUGCUCGACUCGGUCCCGCUGGGAAGGUUUUGCCAGAAGUGCUGGGCCCCAGACUUCAAGGACACGUGGAGGUUGCCUGACAUCCUCAAGUACCUGGGCUACUCCUUGCCCACCUUCUUGUCGGCCUUGUUUCUAAGCACCUUUGUCCCAAGCAUCGACACCUUGGUGGACUUUGUGACAGCUCUCACCAUUCCCUGGGUGACCCAGAUCUACCCAGCAGUCCUCUACUGGAAGUUCCUCAAGACUCGGCCCGCCACAGACAACAUUGAGUCACCUCACUGUGGACUGGAGGACCCAAUAAAGCGCUCAGAGAAGAUCACGGUUGCCUUGGUGUUCACGGUCGGAUGGAUCAGCUUCUGCGCUUGUGCGCUGAAGGCCGUCGGAUACCUUGCCUUCGACGACCUCCGUCCUUCUUUCCAGAUUGGAUGCAGCAACUGGCUGAUCUGGAAGUGGUCGGGCAAGGAUUGA